GCGGUGCUGGUCCAUCACCAACUGCAAAACCCCGAUUCCUCAGCUGCCUGCUGGUCGAUUGCGCGUCAUGGCGACCCUGGCCGAGAGGCUCGAGAAGAUCAAGUCUCCCAAGCUGCAGAAUCAGCACCAUACCGCUGUGGUGCUCUCCGCCGUCGAGGAUACGCUCCGUGACCAGAAGGCCGACUUUUCGGCGACGGCGUACUUUGCCGCGCUGCUUGCGUUGCUCUCCCAGUCCAUCUCCGUCUCGCAGGGGAUCGUCAACAAGGAUCUCGCAACCUCGGUGGUCUACCUGCUCGAUCUGACGACCGCCUACGUGCCGGAGCCGAUUCUUCGAUCGAAAUUCUCGCAGAUCCUCACCAGUCUCGCGCCAGCUCUCUCGCUCCCGGAUGUCGAAGCCCCGCUGCUGCGGCCGUCGAUCGGCUGCCUCGAGUCCCUGCUGGUCGCCCAGGAUGCCGCCGCCUGGAACCUCCCACACACCCAGGUUGGUCCGCGCCGGGCGAUCGCCGGCCUGCUGAGUCUGUCCGUCGACCACCGUCCGAAAGUGCGCAAGAGGGCGCAGGACGCCCUGAUCAAGGUGCUCAAGACCCCGCCGCCGAGCCCGUCGCUCGACCACCCGGCCGCAGACAUGUGUGCAGAGACUGCCCUGCGCACGCUCCACGACAGCAUUGCGGCGGCCGCCAAAUCCAAGAAAGGCCGCCACGAUAGCCGGGAGAGCCACGAGCCGCUUGUCAUUCACUCGCUGCAGCUGGUGAAGACGAUCGCGACCGCGUCGGGCGGCUGGCCGAGCAAGAAGAUUGAGCCUCUGUGCGAGCUGCUCAUGAAUGCAUCCCGGUCCAGCAACGAAUACAUCACGAUGGGUGCCUUUGAGGUGUUUGAGGUCAUCUUCGAAGGCAUGGCCGACGAAUUUUCCUCCUCUAAGCUGCCCCGCCUCUUGGACGCCAUCUCGGAGCUGAAGCCGGCCCAGAACGACUCGCAGCUGCUCCCCCCGUGGAUCGCCGUCUUGUCGCGCGGGUAUGAUGUGUCCGCGCAGAUCAGCCCCGAGGAUACCUUUGAGAAACUGCCGGAGCUUUUCAAUCUGGUUGCUGCCUUCUUGGCGUCUCCCUCGAGCAACAUCCGCGUCUCUGCAUCCGAGUGUCUGAUCUCCUUCCUGGCCAACUGCAUCCCGGACAACGUCAUCGUCGAGCCCUCCGUCUACGACGAGAAGACGCUGGAGAAGUUGGCUCGGUCAGCGACUGAUUUACUCUCCGUCAAGUACCAGGCCGCGUGGGUGGAGGUGUUCAACGUUUGCUCCGCCAUGUUCGACAACUUCAAGUGGCAGUCCAGCCCAUUCCUGCUGGAUAUUGUAAGAACGGUCGGAGAGCUGCGCAGCAAUGAGUCGUUCCACGGCAAGAAGGAAGCCGAUCUGGUGCUGGGUAGUGCAAUCAACGCCAUGGGCCCUGCGGCCGUGUUGGAGUUGCUCCCGCUCAACAUCAUCCAGCAAAAGUCGGGCCAGCCGGGUCGUGUCUGGCUCCUCCCGAUUCUGCGGGACUAUGUCUCCAAUACGAACCUCGGCCAUUUCCGUACCGAGUUUGUCCCACUCAGCGAGGCCCUCUACCAGAAGGUCAUGGACUACGGUUCCGCCGAGAAGAGCGUCGAGGUGAAGAUCUUUGAAACCCUUGUCCAGCAGACCUGGGCGGUCCUGCCGGGCUACUGUGAGCUGCCGUUGGAUCUGGUGGAGGCUUUUGACCAGAGCUUUGCCGAGUUGCUUUCCAAUGUCCUUUACAAACAGACUGAGCUGCGCGCCGACAUCUGCCGAUCGCUACAGAAUCUUGUCGAGUCCAACCAGGCCAUCCUCUCACUGGAAACCGAGGGGGAUGACUUGCUGGUGCAGCGGCGGAUCUCCAAGGAUGCAGCAAAGAAGAACAUCGCUCAUCUCUCUACAUUCGCAAGCAACCUGUUGGCCGUUUUGUUCAACGUAUACAGUCAGACACUCCCUCACUACCGGGGCUACAUCCUUCAGUGCAUCAAUGCCUACCUCAGCAUUACCCCCGAGAAGGAACUGAGCGAAACGUUCAUUCGCGUUACCUCGAUGCUCGAGUCAUCUCUUACCUCCGAGUUGGAGGCCGCCAAGAAUGGAAACCAGCAAAAAGAUCCUUCCGACAAGAUGCCACCGACAUCACACACCUUGAUGGAUCUUGUCAUUGCGAUGUCCAUCUACCUGCCUCGGACCAGCUUUUCCAGUCUGUUUGCGCUUGCUGCCGUGGUCUUGAACAAUGACAAGUCGGACCAACAAUUGGUCAAGAAGGCCUACAAGCUGAUCCCCCGUCUCGCCACCACAGAGACUGGACGUGCGGCGCUUCUGGAACGCAACGCGGAGCUACAGACUCUUAUGCUCACUACGGCGGACAAGGCUCCUUCGUCUGCCCGUCGAGACCGGCUGCUGGCCAUCUACGAGCUCGUCACCUACCUCCCCACCUCUGACCUGCACUUCAUCCCUUCCAUCCUCUCCGAGGUGGUCCUUGGCUGCAAGGAGAGCAACGAGAAGACGCGGACGGCCUCUUUCGAGUUGCUUGUCCACCUUGCCAAGCGGACGACCGAUGCGGAAAAGAACCCUCCAGGCACCAAGAUCCGGAACUCCAUGGUGCCGCAUAUGCCGGACAAUUCGCCCGACGCCCCGGCGACCAUUGAGGAGUUCUUCACCAUGGUCUCUGCCGGUCUGGCCGGCAGCUCACCGCACAUGGUCGCUGCUUCGGUGACAGCGCUGUCGCGCCUCUUCUUCGAUUUCCACGCCCAGCUGGAGGCGAACAUCGUCUCCGACCUGGUACAGACAGUCGGCUUGUUCCUCACGAGCAACAAUCGCGAAAUCGUCCGGUCUGUGCUAGGCUUCGUCAAGGUGGCUGUGGUCGUGCUACCGGAGGAGGCGCUGCGUUCGCGCCUCAACUCACUGGUCCCUAAUCUAAUGGUCUGGAACAAGGAACACAAGGGCCGUCUCCGCAGCAAGGUCAAGAGCAUCCUGGACCGGCUGAUCCGCCGCUUCGGCGCGCCACUGAUUGAGGAGCUGGUCGGCGAGGCGGACCGCAAGCUGGUGGUCAACAUCCGCAAGCAGCGUGAGCGCCGCAAGCGCAAGAAGAAGGAAGGCGAGGAAGAAGGCGACGAAGAGAACAACAACAAGGAUGACGACGAAGAGGCCGGCGAGGGUCGUAAACAGUUCAGCAACGCCUUCGACAAGGCUGUGUACGGGUCCGACUUCUCCGAUUCCGACGACGACGACGACGAUGCUAGCGAAAUCGACAUCGACGAGGACGGCACCAUGCACACGCGAAGCAAGCAAGGCGGCAAGGGCGGCAAGGGCAAGGGCGGCGCGUCCUCCUCCAAGCGCGAACAGAAACAGUACAUCCGCGAACUUUCUCCAGAGGAUAACCCGCUUGACCUGCUCGCUCCGGACGCCCUAGCCAGCAUCUCGACGACGAAGCCGAGCGUGCGGUUCCUCAACGCCGGCCCGGGCGCCAAGAACAGAAAACCGCACCAGCGGCCCGCCAAGUUCGGCCCCGACGGAAGACUUGUUCUCGGCGACGACAACGACACUGCCAUGAGUGGUGGGUUGGGUGGUACUGGCGGUGCUGGAGCUGGUGCCGAUGCUGGUGCCGGUGAAGCUGCGGGUGUCGACGCCUACCUCGCUGCCGUGAGCGGGCCGGACGCCGUCCGACGCGGCCAAAAGGGGAAAUUGAAGAUGUCGCAGGCUCAGAAGAAGAAGGGCAGCGACGCGAUGGAUCUCGACGAGGAUGACAACGAACAAGCCGCGGCGAUCCAGGGAGCCCGCUCUGGGAACGGCACCGGAAAUCAUCAGCGCCGCGGUCUGGGCAUGCCCAAGUCCCAUGGGCCCAGUCGCGUUGAGAAACGGAGAAAUAUGGCCAAGCCGGGUGGGAAGAGAAGAAGGUAGUCUUUUUUCUCGUUUUUUUUUUUUCCUUUCUUUCUUUCCUUCUUUCUUUCUCUUCUUUCCUUCUUUCUUGCUCCUGAUCUGCAUGAGAUGACAGAAAUGAAUCUGCAUUAUUCCUCCAG